AUGGUACGCUACUUGCCUUUUUUGUUCCAGAAGAAACUCAAAGCCACCCUUCUUUUUCUCCUUAUGGUUGUCCUGAUACACAUUGUGAUGGAUUUUGUGCCCUCUGCUGAUUAUAAGUCCUGCAGGUGUCUAUCUAAAGUAACAGGUACCGUGAACCAUUUAUCAUCUAGUUCUAUAUUAGCAGCUCAAAAUAAGCUGAAUCUGAGGAAUCUUCAGGAUUUUAGUAGCAGUAACAGCUCCCUGGAAAAAGGAUUUCACUCAACAGAAGAUGUGUCACAUGUGGAUGGCCUCAGCAAUGUGGCUCUCCAAGAUGCCAACAUCAAGCAACAGGAAACCAAAGAAAAACCCAACCAGAAAAUAAAAUCUAAAUUGUCUGCUCUUUUUGAUCAUCCUCUGUAUAAGAUCCCAAUCCCAAAAGUUGUAAGGAAAGACAAACUAUUUGGGACCAAACCAAAGAUGAACCUCUUCAUAAAUAGUGAUGAACGAAUCAGAAGCAACAGUGCAGAAGGCCUUCAGAACCACAGUGCUCACCCUGCUUGGCUCAGCUUUUAUGCUGGAAUCAAUCGCUAUGAACUGUAUGCCCGCCAUGAUCCCUCUCGCCAUGACUUGAUGAAGGAUUUGGCCAAACAGAAAAUUAUCAGUUCAGUCCAGAAGCCUGGAGGAACUCAACUGAAGCUUAUCAUGACUUUUCCCAAUCAUGGCCAAGCUCUCUUCAAACCUAUGAAGCAAACCCGAGACCAGGAGACUUCAGCAGACUUCUUUUACUUUUCAGACUUUGAGCGGCACAAUGCAGAAAUAGCAGCUUUCCACUUGGACAGGAUCCUGGACUUUAGAAGAAUUCCUCCAGUUUCUGGACGGUUGGUGAACAUAAGCAACGAAAUCCGUGACAUUACAACAGAUAAGAAACUGUUUAAAACGUUUUUCAUCUCCCCAGCUGGCAACAUCUGUUUCUUUGGCGAGUGCUCCUACUAUUGCUCUACUGAACAUGCUUUGUGUGGCAAACCUGACCAGCUUGAGGGAUCUAUGGCAGCCUUGUUGCCUGACAAAGAGAUAGCUGAACGCCAGUCUUGGCGGAGUCCCUGGAGGCGUUCCUAUUCCAAGAUCAAGAAAGCUGAGUGGGAACUGAAUGAAAAUUACUGUGCUCAGGUUCGAAAGACACCACCCUAUGACAACACGGCCCGACUUCUGAGUCUCAUUGACAUGACCAUGCUUGAUUUUCUCAUGGGAAAUAUGGACAGGCAUCACUAUGAGACAUUUGAAAAGUUUAGUAACCACACUUUUUAUCUUCACCUGGACAAUGGCAGAGGGUUUGGGAGACAUUCUCAUGAUGAAAUGUCUAUUCUGACUCCUCUUCGGCAGUGCUGCAUUAUUAAAAAGUCAACUUUCCUGCGGCUGCAACUGCUUGCUACUGAGCCUUAUCGUUUAAGUGAUGUCAUGCGUGAAUCAUUAGCCUCAGAUCCCCUGUCUCCAGUCUUAUCAGAGGCUCAUCUAGAAGCACUGGAUCGGCGACUCAAAAAGAUAUUGGCUAUGGUAGAAAACUGCAAGAGGGCAGAUGGACAUAAAGAAGUAAUAGUUGAUGACUUAAGAGGAAAGCAGUAUUUUUAGUUUAGUGUAGCUAGAGAAGUGAUAGUGAUCUUACCUACAGUAGACACACAAUAUCCCCAACCUGCUAUUUCUGUUUACUCAUGAAGAAAUUAUUUCAGAUCUACCAUUGCUAUUUAUUGAGGAGGGGGACAUUUAUAGUUCCUUGAGUUCCAAUAUGGUACUGUGAACAUUGCCCACUGCCAGAGC